AUGGUACAGCCCCGGCAAGCCCAGGAGACACUCAAGAGCCCUCAGUCUGCACUGGCUCAGCACAAGCGUAUGUUCCAGUCGUUUCUAGUAAAAUGUCCUGCUGGAAUUAAGAGAGCUGCCACAGAUGAUGCUCCAAAUGCCGACCACAGGAGGGCUGCCACAGAUGAUGCUCCGAAUUCCGACCACAGGAGGGCUGCCACAGAUGAUGCUCCGAAUGCCGACCACAGGAGGGCUGCCACAGAUGAUGCUCCGAAUUCUGACCACAGGAGGGCUGCCACAGAUGAUGCUCCGAAUGCCGACCACAGGAGGGCUGCCACAGACGAUGCUCUGAGUUCCAACCACAGGAGGGCUGCCACAGAUGAUGCUCUGAGUUCCAACCACAGGAGGGCUGCCACAGAUGAUGCUCUGAGUUCCAACCACAGGAGGGCUGCCACAGAUGAUGCUCUGAGUUCCAACCACAGGAGGGCUGCCACAGAUGAUGCUCCGAAUUCUGACCACAGGAGGGCUGCCACAGACGAUGCUCUGAGUUCCAACCACAGGAGGGCUGCCACAGAUGAUGCUCUGAGUUCCAACCACAGGAGGGCUGCCACAGAUGAUGCUCCGAAUGCCGACCACAGGAGGGCUGCCACAGAUGAUGCUCCGAAUGCCGACCACAGGAGGGCUGCCACAGACGAUGCUCUGAAUGCCGACCACAGGAGGGCUGCCUCAGACGAUGCUCUGAAUGCCGGCCACAGCUGGGCUGCCACAGAUGAUGCUCCGAAUACCAACCACAGGAGGGCUGCCACAGAUGAUGCUCUGAAUUCCGACCACAGGAGGGCUGCCACAGAUGAUGCUCUGAGUUCCAACCACAGGAGGGCUGCCACAGAUGAUGCUCCGAAUGCCGACCACAGGAGGGCUGCCUCAGAUGAUGCUCUGAAUGCCGACCACAGGAGGGCUGCCACAGAUGAUGCUCUGAAUGCCGACCACAGCUGGGCUGCCACAGAUGAUGCUCCGAAUGCCAACCACAGGAGGGCUGCCACAGAUGAUGCUCCGAAUGCCGACCACAGGAGGGCUGCCACAGAUGAUGCUCCGAAUUCUGACCACAGGAGGGCUGCCACAGAUGAUGCUCCGAAUUCUGACCACAGGAGGGCUGCCACAGACGAUGCUCUGAGUUCCAACCACAGGAGGGCUGCCACAGAUGAUGCUCUGAGUUCCAACCACAGGAGGGCUGCCACAGAUGAUGCUCCGAAUGCCGACCACAGGAGGCCUGCCUCAGAUGAUGCUCUGAAUGCCGACCACAGGAGGGCUGCCUCAGAUGAUGCUCUGAAUGCCGGCCACAGCUGGGCUGCCACAGAUGAUGCUCCGAAUGCCAACCACAGGAGGGCUGCCACAGAUGAUGCUCUGAAUUCCGACCACAGGAGGGCUGCCACAGAUGAUGCUCUGAAUUCCAACCACAGGAGGGCUGCCACAGAUGAUGCUCUGAAUGCUGACCACUGCUCAACAGCCAGGAUCUAA